AUGGAUUCCCGCGGAUUCGAUUCCGCCGGCCGCAUCUUCUCCAACGCCACCGAGAUGUGGGCAGAAGAGAUCGGCUCCACCGCAGCGGAAGCCGAAGCCGCCCCGGCCCCCCCCACUGCCACCGAAGGCAGCGGUGGCGCCAGCGAGGAAGGGGCCGGAGACGGGAAGCGCAAGGAGUGGUACUCCAAGGCUAUCGCCUACUGGCAAGGCGUGGAGGCGUCGACCGAGGGGGUCCUGGGAGGUUAUGGGUGUGUGAACGACGUGGAUGUCAAGGGCAGUGACGCCUUCAUCCGCCCUCUCCUCGCAGACCGGUUCGGCACCGCGAAGCGUCAUCUGGUUGCGCUUGAUUGUGGCUCGGGUAUUGGACGUGUCACAAAGAAUUUUCUUCUUAGGCAUUUCCACGAGGUAGAUCUUUUGGAGCCAGUAUCUCAUUUUCUUGAAGCAGCACGGGAAAAUCUUACUGGAUAUAUGGAUCAAGGAGAAGACUCACACAAGGCUGCCAACUUUUACUGUGUGCCUCUUCAGGACUUCACUCCUGAGGAAGGAAGAUAUGAUGUGAUUUGGAUUCAGUGGUGCAUAGGACAACUUCCUGAUGAUGAUUUCAUUUCAUUUUUUAAUCGUGCAAAGGUUGGGCUCAAACCUGAUGGUUUCUUUGUUCUGAAAGAGAACAUUGCAAGAAAUGGUUUUGUGUUAGACAAGGUGGAUAACAGUGUCACUAGAUCGGACCCAUACUUUAGGGAGCUAUUUAAAAGGUGUGGAUUAUAUAUCCUCAGUGUUAAGGACCAAAAGGAGCUCCCGGAGGAACUAUUUGCUGUCAAAAUGUAUGCACUGGUGACCAGUCAACCGAAAAUCCAGAAAAGUGGAAAGAGAAGGCGGCCUAAAAAUUCACCUCGUAUGAUCCGCUCUUGA